CCGCAUACAGAAAAAACCCACAGCAACAUCAACAAACAAAAACAACGAGAGAAAGAAGAAGAAGAAGAAGCAGAAGAGAGAAUUAGAAAGAGAGAAACGUUUUUCUAUCUCUCUAAUCUCUUUUCUUCUCUUCCUCUUUCUCUCCCCAACAACAAUGGCAUUGCCUCACAAGCAAUGAAGCUUCACCAUUAUCAUCAUCAUUAUUAUUCGCCAUGCGUUGGUUGCCAACCCUAAUUUUCUCUCCUUCCUCUUCUCAUUCUUCCCACGUUUCAUCAUCUUCUUCUUCGACUUCUUCGUCUUCGUCUUCUCUUACAUCUCCUUCCACGUUAAAAUAUUCUCCUUCUUCUUCCUCUUCCGAUACUCGGAAACCUUCACGCGGCACGUGGUUUUUCGGUAACGGUAGGAAAUCCACGCGGUCGAGGAAGCUUCGACACGUCGACGAUGUUCACAUUGAAUACGACGUUGCUGCAGCGCCUAUUUCUCGUUCCCCGAGCGCACGGAGCUAUAUGCGGUCUAAUACUUCUUCCUCCGUUGCGCCUCAGCCGUUGCCGUUGCCAGAGUUAGCUUCUCCGGCAGGGUUGCAAAGGAAUAAGGAUGGUGAUCGUCGUUUGCCGUCGCCUAAAGAAGCCUCUGGUAGAGCCAUUGAAUCUGAUGCACAUGCCGUCGUUUCUCUUCCCACCGGAUUUAAGAUGAGGAGUGUUUUUGCUAGCCGAGAGUCGAGAAGAAAUACGGAGCAAAUGGAGACAAAGCCGCAUGGGAAUAUGAUAGCGCGUCAAGAUACAAGUGGUGCUGCAACUCCUAGCUUUCGAGAAAAUAGCUUCCGGAUAAGUGUUCCUCCAAGGAGUGCUUCAAGCAGUCCCUUUACCAGUCCCACAACAAGCAAAACCAAACAUGAUGAUUUUGUGCCAUAUUAUUAUGUGUCACCUAAAGCAAAUCAGUUCUGGUCUGCACCAGAAAUGCCAACAUCUACCGGACAACCACCUCCUGCUUUCUUUGAUUUAUCUGGGUUAGGUAUUGAUUCUGCUUCUUCUCCCCAUCAAGGUUCAGGAGGAAAAAGUCCCAAACAACAAAACCCUUCUUCACCCCUACCAAGGUUGUCCCUCGACUACCCAACAACUUCACGUCGCGAGAGUCUUGGUCCUCCUCUCAGUGUUCAUCCUUUACCCUUGCCUCCUUGGUCUGGGAGUUCCUUACCUUCACCCUCUGCUAACUUUCCCCAACCUGGGGGAGCUAAGACAGAAUCUAUAUCUAUGAAAAGUCAAUGGCAAAAGGGUAAACUUAUAGGGCGAGGUACUUUUGGAAGUGUUUAUGUUGCCACUAAUAGAGAAACUGGAGCAUUGUGUGCAAUGAAGGAAGCAGAAAUAUUUUCUGAUGAUCCAAAAUCUGCAGAGAGUAUAAAGCAGUUAGAACAGGAAAUUAAAGUUCUUAGCCAUCUGAAACAUCCAAACAUUGUGCAGUAUUAUGGUAGUGAAAUAGUAGAAGACAAGUUUUAUAUUUAUUUGGAGUUUAUCCAUCCUGGUUCAAUAAAUAAAUAUGUCCGUGACCACUGUGGCGCGAUAACAGAAUCCGUUGUUCGGAAUUUCACACGGCAUAUUCUUUCAGGGUUGGCUUACUUGCACAGCAAAAAGACAAUUCAUAGGGAUAUCAAAGGGGCUAACUUGCUUGUUGAUUCUUCUGGUGUUGUUAAGCUAGCUGAUUUUGGGAUGGCCAAGCAUCUAACUGGGCAUUCUGCUGACCUGUCUUUGAAAGGAAGUCCAUACUGGAUGGCUCCAGAGCUUAUGCAAGCGGUCAUGCAUAAAGACAACAACUCUGAUCUAGCUUUUGCUAUUGAUAUUUGGAGUUUGGGUUGUACAAUUAUUGAAAUGUUCACGGGGAAGCCUCCUUGGAGUGAAUACGAAGGAGCCGCAGCUAUGUUUAAGGUAAUGAAGGAUACUCCUCCUAUACCUGAAACAUUGUCAUCUGAAGGUAAAGAUUUCUUGAGGCUUUGCUUUAAAAGAAAUCCAGCAGAGCGGCCAACUGCUUCAAUGUUAUUAGAGCAUCGGUUUCUGAAAAACGUACAGCAUUCAGAUCCUUCAUCUUCCGCCCAUCUGUAUAAUGGAACAACUUCAAUGGAUAAUUCCCAUAGUCCCAGAGGGUUAUAUGAAAGCAAACCUGAUCAGUUUUCUAUUGUCAGUGCACAGAUCGCAAAAGGGAAAUUUUGCACUGAGAGUGGCAUAGCAAUGUCCCACUCGCUCUACUCUUGAAACACUCGGCUUGCAACACACUCGAUCAAGUUUGUGAUUGUUGUCAUUGUAGCUGUGUCAAACAUGGCAUUGGGAAACGAAAGAGGCUGUUUUUAAAUGAAUGAGCUAAGGGAAAUUCUCACCUACGAUGCAAAUGCCUUGAGUUCACGCGUACAUUGUUUUAGGCGACUCUCAGCGGAUGCCCUUGUUCCCUCUGAAAGUAAUUGGGAUAUUCAAUAUGGAGUAUAUACUGCAAGUGAAUGUAGAAGCAGAUUUUGUAUAAUAUUAGUGUUCCAGCAGUGACACAAGUUCUGUAAAAAGAAUAACAACUUCAAAAGUUUUUUUUCCUUUUAUUUUUUCA